GGCCAUCCCUUCCACCUCCGCUGCGCCCGCUCUGCCUACUCCCACGCCCGGAUGAAGCAGGAGGCGCCUCUUUUCCUCCUCUUCCUCGACUGCGUGUGGCAGCUGAGCCGCCAGUUCCCCUUCUCCCUGGAGUUCAGCGAGUGCCUCCUCCUCACCCUCUUUGACAACGCCUACGCCUCUGCCUAUGGCACCUUCCUCUGCAACAACGAGAAGGAGAGGUGCCUGUGUAAAGUGAAGGAGAACACACACUCCCUCUGGGCCUGGCUGAACCAGCCCGGGGAGAAGAAGAAGUACCUGAACCCGCUCUACUCACACAACGCCUUGGUGAUCUGGCCCUCCGUCGAGCCCCAGAGCAUCCAGCUCUGGCAGGGUUUAUUCUUCCGGUGGAUCCGUUCAUCCCAGUACCUGGAUGAGGCUUGGGAAGAGAUCCAGCGGUUAGUGGAAGGCAACGAGAACCCCGACAAGCAAAGCACAGCCAACAGGCUGAGCCAGUCCCUCUCUGACCCCGCUGCCCGGACAGAGAACGAAAGAUGA